CGGCCCCAGUCGGUGCAGAAGCAAAGAGAGACGGCGGCUAUUAGGCUGUGUCCCUCCGCCUCCCGCAGCCCCUACCGCAGCCUGAGCCCGUUACAGGACCCUCACUAUCUGCUUGUUGCGGCCGUGAUCUUUCCAUUUGCCCCCAGGGACAGGCUGGAUGUGAAUUGCAGUUCCUUAGGUCUGCCGGUGAGACUUUCUCAUCCAAACCUCGAUCACGUAGGAUUGCGCAGACAAGGAAGGCUAGGAGAGCCGGGAGGAAUGAGAGGGAAAGCUGCAAACCUAUAUUAGCGUCACCUCCUUGCCUACCUAUGUCCGUAUGAGCGCCCAUGGGGGUGUGAUACAGUAUCCGACCCUCCCCGCCGGCAGCCUGUUGGGUAACAAUGCGCCUCCUCAUUCUGCUGGGGCUUUCCCCCCUACCGACUCGCCUGGCUCCUAUACUCUGUCACUCCUAGAGGAAUGCUGAUUCCAGGGUUCCCUAAUGGAUCUUCGUGCUCCCCAGGAGGGGGGGCCAUGGCAGUGCUAAGGUGGCGGAUCUAAUACAAGCUGGUACGUUGCAGCUUUAGGGGGGGGAGUCCUGUGGAUGUAAUUUCAUGUUGAAGUUAAAUCGGUGCAGUCUGACUGGGAUCUACUCUAAUAGCUCAUUGUCACCCUCCCCAUCACCAAGUUGUGGGUGACUGGGGCUCUUGUGUUCUGCCUGCUAUGGUUGUGAGGCCGGAGCCUUGCGUGGGACCAUGGACCCCGGGUGGCAUAUGGUGACUGCUGCCCGCUGAUCCCGGACAUGUUGCUCCCUGCUUGGGACCUAUAGGAGCCGGAUGCACCAUGUCAGCAUUGGAGCGGUGCCUCAGCCCGCCGCCCUGUUUGGUGUGUAACUGGAGAUUCAGGGGGAGCCAACCGUGACCUGUUUAUGGGCUUUGGCAGGGGGGGAGCUGCGGGGCUGAGUGAUUGCCCCUGUUGGGAUCUCCCGCACCGACCUGUCUCUGGGCACUAGUAGGGGGCUGGGUGCUUCCCGCCCCAUCAGCUUCUGCCUGGGAUCUCCUGCACCGACCUGUUGGGGCUCAAGUGCCUGCACCGUUCCCCCCGGUGUGACAGACAAGCUAAUAGCCGUGGGACGUUGUUUGAUUGGACACAUGACAGCUGUACAGCUGUGGGAAACUCCAGAGCCGGGGAAAUGGCGAGCAGCCCGGGAUUGUUAGCGGUGUAGGCUGCAUUUCUUGGGAGGAAUCACUUGUCUCGUUUUUUUCAGUCAUUAACUGCUUCAUAAAUUGCUCAUUACUAACCCCCCUGAAUUACUGCCCCGGAGGGGUGCACCCAAAGUCACCAUCGGAUCCCCUGGACUUUAGGCAGGGGGGCUGGGGAGGUGCCAGUGGGAGUCAUGGCUGCGGCAAUUGCGAGCUCGCUGAUCCGACAAAAGAGACAGGCGAGGGAGUCCAACAGCGACAGGGUCUGUACGUCCAAACGGCGGACCAGUCCGAGCAAAGACGGGCGCUCCCUGUGUGAGAGGCAUGUGCUGGGGGUGUUCAGUAAAGUGAGGUUCUGCAGCGGGAGGAAGAGGCCGGUGAGGAGAAAACCAGAACCCCAGCUGAAAGGAAUUGUGACAAGGUUAUUCAGCCAGCAGGGAUACUUCCUGCAGAUGCACCCAGAUGGCACUAUUGAUGGAACAAAGGACGAAAACAGUGACUACACCCUUUUUAAUCUAAUCCCUGUGGGUCUCCGUGUGGUGGCAAUACAAGGAGUGAAGGCUGGACUCUAUGUGGCGAUGAAUGGCGAAGGUUUUCUCUUCAGCUCAGAUAUUUUUACCCCAGAGUGCAAAUUUAAGGAGUCUGUGUUUGAGAAUUACUACGUCAUCUAUUCUUCUACACUGUAUCGGCAGCAGGAAUCUGGCCGUCAGUGGUUCCUUGGGCUCAGUAAAGAAGGUCAGAUUAUGAAAGGAAAUCGUGUGAAAAAGACCAAACCAGCAUCACAUUUUGUACCAAAACCUAUAGAAGUAUGCAUGUACAGAGAGCCAUCAUUGCAUGAAAUUGGAGAGAAGCAACAACGUUCAAGAAAAAGUUCAGGGACACCAACCAUGAAUGGUGGCAAAGUUGUUAACCAAGAAUCAACAUAGCUAAUAUCUAGCUCUGGCCACACAGUGAAGACACUGGAAAAUCAGAAAAUUACAUGUAUAAACUGACAAGACAGGUUCUGUUGACCACAUUUUUUGAACUCCAAUCUUUUCUUCUUUGGAUAGGACAAAGGAAUGGAAAUAAUAUUGCCUGUGCAAAUUUUAAACCAAACAGAUAAAAAAAAAAAAAAAAUUCAAGAAAAUUUAUUGAAUCCGGACGCCAUUUACAUUUUAUGCAAAAUUUGCUUUGUGAUCGAAUAAGUUCCCAUCUCUGCAUUAAAACAAAAACAAAACAAUAAAGAUGUUACCUUUAAAAGAAAAAUAAAUGUGCCGGAGAUAUAAAUGUUUAUAAACAGCAGGCUGAGAAACAGACUAUUGAGACAUAUUCUUUAGUUAAAUAUUUGUGUCAGUGAAGCAUUUAUUUUCCUUUCCCCCCCAAGACAAAGUGAUUUGUAGGAUAUUUAUGUUAGAAUGAGGUAUGCUUUAUUCUUUGAAUACAUUUAUGGAUAUCAGAGUGUGAGUUUAGCAAUCUAAAUAAGCACAAGGAGUAGGCCACCAUGUACACUAAACAAAGGAUGCAAGUGUUAGCCGUGUGGCUGCUAUAGUUUGCUUUGGAAAGCAGCUUCCACAUAUAACUCACUUCCAGAAGCAAAGGGGCAAGCCAAGGCAUUGGCCAUGUUUAGAACAUUCUGGCUGGUAGACCUUGUUACUUUUCUGUACCUCAUGAGAGUGUGUCCUUAGUGUGAGGAUGUAAAAAUAUACUGCAGAUGGGAGGCUAUUUAAUAAGCUAUUAAGCAGACCAUUUAAUAAGUUAUACAAUUAUAUUAGAUACUGUAUAUGUGAGUAAACAGACAUCAUUCAGAUUAAGUUGUAAAGUAUACAGAGCAAAAGGUUCUAUUACUGGAUGUUGAACCGGGGGCAAUCAGUUUAAGAUAUAAGGCAAGGACUCCAACAAAGUAAUCUUUUUUACAUGGUACAGAAGGUGUAUUGUAUGGGGGGCAUCUGCCUACCUUACUCGGGUAAAGUCUACAAGCAGCAUUACAACAAUAUUUCUGAAAAUGUGAUUAGUCGUUCUGCUUGUUGAUUCAGCUGUGGAAGGAAGGCUACAUCCCUGUGAAAAGUUGUUAUUCACUUGUUGCACCAUGUAAUAAACGCUUACGCUUUGAGUGCUUACCUUGUAUCUUGGCCCAAGUUUUUACACCGUGGAAUUGUGGAACAACCAUGUUUCAUAUGAGACCCUUUAGCAAGUAAUAAGAGAGGACAUUAUUUACAUUAUUUGUUCUGAAUCUGUGGAACUUUAUAAACUACAACUGCCAGGAUUCAGAUGUGCAGGUUUGACUUAGUAUACAUGGAGGGUCUGUGCUUAAUCAUAUACAAUUAUUCCUUUAAUGUGUGUUUUAUUGCAAUUAGCUGUAUGGCCUGCCCUUUUCUGUAGCAGAGGCUUGUUCCUCAGCUAACACUAGGGACUCACUCUCUUUUCCACUGUGUAUCUAUUUGCUUUACAAUUACAGCAGUUGAAUAUUUGCUCUUCCUCUGACUUUCAUCAUCAUUUUUUAUGGCACAGAGACUAAGCAGACAAAGGGGCUAUAUCUCUAUAUUUACACAAAAACCACAUACAUAGAAUGGGAGAUAUUCCAUUGCUGGCAUUUCUUCUACUUAAUCACGCUGCAUUGCUGGGAAGUAAAUAAAGAUUUAUUAUAUUUUUUACUUUAUUUAACUACUUGGUAUCAUUAGACAAUUUUAAGAAAAAUGCAUUUUCUUACGCACUGGUGACUUAAUGAGAUUUAGAUAAAGUACAUGGAUAACCACUGGAUUUUCUAUUCUGUUACCUCCUUUCCAAGCUGAUACUGAUAGGCAUCAGUUGUACAGAGGACCUACCGUCUAGUGGUCCAUAGAGAAGUAGAGCAGAUAUUAAAAUAUAUUUUUCAUAGUUCUUUUUGCAAUGUCCUUUUAUUAUAAUGAUUGCCUGGGAGAUCACCAGAAACAUUCUGGCGGGCAUAUGCUCUAUGCAUCUAUUUUCAUGCAGUUUCUAAGGGGAAUUGGCUUUGCUGAUCUUUAGUGGAGCUGCAAUAAGAUAAGUUCUACAUGACCAAGCUACAUGUGUGGUAGCGUCAUGGCCAAAAUUUGGUUCUUGUUUCUGUUUCUACUAACAAUAAAAAGCCAUUAUAGCGCCCCAAAAUUUAAAAUACAUAGGCAGUCAUUAUUGAUUUCUAACUGUCAUGACAUGUUGAGAUCUCACAAAAGUGCAGUUCCACUAUAAUACAAUGUGCCUUUCUACUUAAUAUAAUGGAGGAAAGUGAAUAUAGUAGUGGUUGUGCAUAACUGGUCCACACCCAACUGUAGUAGUUGUCACAGAGUGCAUUUUAAUAUAUUUUUACAAUGACAAAACAAUAGAUUUCUUAGCUUAAAGUUGAGCUUAGAGUCACAUUGCAUUGAUACAGCAUGAAUCACAAACACUGCAGAUCCCUUUAAUAAGGGACUCAUUCUAAAGGACUCAUUCCCCAGUUUAUUUUGCACAUGAAAAAAUGAAAUGUUUCAAAGAUAUAUAUAUAAAUAUAUAUAAGUGGAAAAGGCAGCAUUUAAAAUGACGUUUUGUUAUUUACAAAUUCAUAAAUCUGCAAUGACCAAUACCAGAUAGUGUAAUGCUUGAUUUAGGUGUUUGAAAUUGAAAUAUUAUAUUAUCACUGAUUGAAAAACAUAUUACUGAUAUACUUUUUUUUUCCUUUCAAACAGAAUUUUUGUGAUUUAUAAAAAAAAAUACAUUCUUUUUAAUUGCCGCUUGUUAAAUGAAUAAUAAAAUAAAUAUUUAAUGUGCUCAAAAAAUAAAUAAAUACAAAAGAAAAGAUGUACUCUUAAAUAAAACAGGUGUAAAAAUUCUAAA